AGCAGGCGAUCGCGAUCGAAAACAGCGCACGAGUCCGUAGCAAGACCGUAUCGUGCCUAGUGAUGAUACCGCUUAAAAUUCCUGGCGCUGAUCUUUGGGAUUUUGGUUAAACAAAUGUUUUCUUCUGUUGCAGAAGUUUCUGUCUCUGUUGCCAACAUUUCAAAGAUAAACUGACCAAUCAAAACAUGGAGGAAGAGGACGAGUUUGAUGCCAUCUUCCAGGACGGAAGCAUUGAUGCUGACAAUGAAAAUGUCCAAACGGACGCUGUCAACUACAGAGUCUCCAUGGAAAAAUACCAGAAGGUGGACUUGUUUCAGACUUCAAAGGACACGGCGAAACUGUCCAACAGCCAAGACACCCAGGGCAGAGCCAGCAAGUAUCAAGUUAUCUCAUCCGAGACAAGUAGCCAGCAGGAGGCUCAGCGUGGAAAUUCCGAGGAUUUGAACAGCACCCACAGAAAUGCACAAACGCAUCAGGCAGACAAAAGAGAGAGAUUGAAUGAACGGUCGGUAAACAAGGACUCCAACGUAUCAUCACAGGGUGCAGGCACAGACAGCGGUGCCGUUGGACACCAUCAGCAGGCAGGAUACCCGUCGGAUCCAUCUCUGCUGAGGACUGGCGAUGGGAGGGGUUUCGACGAGGAAGAGGAGGAUGACCCGAGCCGCGUGUUGAGGGCGGAACUUCCCAGAGACCGGGCGGGUACGGGUGGGGACCCUACGGAACAGCUAGCCCGAGCGAAGGCGGAGUGGGAGGUGGUAGGGACUAUUCAGCCAGGAGACGAUUCUAGCGAGGAAGGUAACGAGAGUACCAUCAACAUGACUCCCCUGAUAUCCUUCAACGAGACACUGGCCUUCUUUCAGAGAAUCAACAUGCAGCCGUAUCUGAGUAAGAUCAAGCCUACAGUUCACAGGUCAGGCUUGUCCGCCGUCCGCCACUUCAUCCUGGGUCCCCCUAACAUCAAGCCCUCCCUUCACGAAGAGAGGAACCUCGUCUUUGCCAUCGCACAGUGUCCUUUUGAGGACAGAGAGGAAGUUCACCGUCGAGUCCUGCAGACCAUCUACAAGCAGCUGACAGGCAGCACGCUGGAUUGUCCCCGAUAUGGCGGGCAUUGGGAGCAGAUCGGUUUCCAAGGAGCAGACCCGGCCACUGAUCUGAGGGCCUGCGGAUUCCUUGGCCUCAUGACGCUCCUUCAUUUUGUCAUGGACCCCGUCAGACAGCAGCUCGCCAAAGACAUCUACAAGCUGUCGCUGCAUGAUACGCAGAAUUUCCCCUUCUCCGUGAUGUCCAUCAACAUGACCAGAAUAGCCUUACAGUCUCUCAGGGAGGGUGCUCUAUCUAGGGAAUGCAAUCGACGUAAGCAGGUCUUUGGCGUCAUCAACGAUUUCUACGCCGGCAUCUUUCUGCAGUUGCACCAGAUAUGGAAGCAUCAACAGAAGACGAUCAAGGAUUCAGGAUUUGUUAUCAAAGAUGUCGAACAGGAGGCCAAGAAGAACCCCAGGGCCAUCAUCAAAACCCUGGAGACAUACCUACACGAAAGGGGUGAGAAACACAGUGGGAACCUCAAGUCCAGGCCGGCCAGAGACGGCCCCUUGGAAUUUGCUGGAGUGCACGAACUAAGGACAGAAGAUGACUGAUGAAGGUGGGACGCUAAACCCAUAAGGCCUUGCACUGUAAUAUUAAAUGAACCUGAAUCAAGUUAACUUAUUCAAAUUUUCAAAGAUGUGUCUUUAAGUUUUCAGAAAUCCGGGGUGCACGAUAUGUAUAUAUUGUAGGACAUGUAUUCUUGCAUACCAAGACCUGAAAUAUAUAGCCACCUAAAAUUCUUUCAAUGAGAGUGAUCUGCAAAAUUUUUUUUGGUAAUUUUUCGGUGUCGCUACUCACGCAGCUCAGUUGUAGACAGAAGGAACUGCGGUUCAAGUUUGUUUCCUAUUGUCAGAUUCCCCAAGGCAGAGACAUUCAUUAUUUGUCUGUUCAGUAGGGUAGAAAAAUCUCCAAGAUUCUUGCUCUAGUGUUGAACAUGUGUGCAUGUGACUGCCAACCGGGUCGUCUUUCUUCAAAUUUUAUCAUUUUGUUGGUCCUUCUCAAGGAAUCCGUCCAAGAAACUCAAUGGGACUAUUGUUUUUGUUUCAUAGACAGCUGAAAAAUGCAGUGCUGUACUUAAAAACUUUUUCAUUGCAUCUGAAUUCUUGUCCCAGGGAUACGUGAAGAAUGCGUAGCACUUUCAUUAGGUUCCCCGACAUGUAGACAGCAACUAUUCCUUCCAUUCAUUCGAGUCCCGCCUCGUCGAGGAACAACAUAAAAAACACCUUGGUACGAACAACCUUUCACAAAACAGGGUCUUUCAAACCAGUUACUUCACCGCACCAAGUCCAAGUAUGGUUAUGUACCACUUGCUGCCGUAUGCUUUUAAAAAUGCAGUGCACACAUGCAGGAGAUUUUCAAGAUUUUCAGUUUUCAAAAUUCUUCAAAAAUU